AUGACUGCAACAGAUAUUGGCUCUUCUAACGAGCCUAAUGGGCAGGCCCAACAAAUCAACGGUACUAAUAGAACCUUUGCUCAGCUACAAAUUAUUGAUGAAAACCAGCACUUCACGUAUGUCCUGUCUUCUUUUUAUCUUAUUGAGUUAAUGUUACUUCGUAAAGGUACAUUAUUAAACAGACUCUUCGGGACAAAUUUUGAUGUUAUGAGUGAAAAUGCUCGCCGUCAAACUACCAAAGGAAUUUGGAUGAGUCGUGGCAGAGAUAUGAAUGUAUUGAUCAUGGACGUUGAAGGUACUGAUGGCCGUGAGCGUGGUGAAGACCAGGAUUUUGAAAGAAAGAGUGCAUUAUUUUCUAUGGCUACAUCCAAUGUUAUCAUUGUUAAUCUUUGGGAACACCAAGUUGGUCUUUAUCAGGGUGCUAAUAUGGGCCUUCUGAAAACCGUUUUUGAAGUGAACUUACAAUUGUUCCAAGCUGCACGAGGUAAAGAAAAAGAAAAGACUUUACUGCUCUUCGUAAUUAGAGACCAUGUCGGUUCAACACCAUUGGCCAACUUGUCGAAUACUUUAACGUCUGAUUUAGAAAGAAUUUGGGAAGAUUUUGUUUUCAAACCAAAUUACAACAAAAGAGUUCCUGCUGAUGGUCUUCAUGUUUAUGCAGAAGGCAUUUGGGAUCAAAUUAUGUCAAAUAAAGACCUUGAUUUACCGACACAACAGGAACUUUUAGCCCAAUAUCGUUGUGAUGAAAUAGCAUCUGUCGCUUUUGAUAAUUUCUUGGGAAAAAUCAAGGUAUACAGACAACCUAUUGAAGCUGGCAAAAUUGUCGAUGAUCUAGGGCCACAAAUGGAAGAAAUUCGAAAUGCUACUAUUAAGCAAUUCGACAAAGAUGCGUCCCGAUAUCACUCUGAUGUGUAUAACCGUAAACGACAAGAAAUUCUUCAAAAAGCAAAUUCUCAAUUACAUGAAAAAUUGAAAGGAGAAUACGAUUUCGCUGAAGUUGUCAGUAAUACUCGUGAACAGGUCGAGGAACUUUUCACAACUGGAGCUCAAGCUAUUCUUUUGUCCGGCACUGAUUGGACUUUUGAAGAAGAACUUACUCAAUUGAGAGAUUCCAUUAACGAAAUUGCGGCGAAAUCACGUACUGAAGAAACGAAAAAAAUGAUUAAAGCAUUAGAGAAAACGUUUCAAUCGCAAAUCAACGAAUUCGUUUCUCUAUACUUCAAAACGCCAACUCAGGAUAUGUGGGGCAAGACUAUCAGAAAGUUUCACCAAGUUCUUACUAAUGUUGAGCAACAAUUAUUGAAACGUUUAAAGAGUUUUAACGCUACUGAAGAAGAGAAUAUAGAGGCUGUUUCCAGCCUUCGUAAGCGUUCCUGGCUGCAGUUGCGAAAGAAAAUUGAUGAUGAACUUGCAGAUAACAUGUUUUUACUUAAAUUACGUGAAAGAUUUGAAGAAAAAUUCCGAUAUGAUGACGAAGGUUUACCAAAAGUAUGGAAACCAGAUGAUGAUAUAGAUGCGCAUUUCCGGACGGCCAAGGAGGAGGCAAUCAAACUUAUACCUUUAUUUGCCUCAAUUCAAAUUCCUGACGACGUAGAAUUAGAUAUUCCAUCAGACGAACUCGAUUUUGAAAAUUCGUUGACAAUUCUUACCGAGACUCGGCAGCAUGAUUUAUCAGUUCGUUUCAAACGAGAGUCCGACGCAUUCUAUCUCGAAGCGAAACGUUCUGUCGUAGCAACAACAGCUCGCAUACCAUAUUGG